AUGCUGAUGCGCUUGAUCUCGCCGCCGCGCAGCACACGAUUGAUGAAGUCUAUCAGCGUCUCGUCGGCUUCGCCAUCAGUCUGGGCGUUGCCGUGCAUGCCAUGCCAUGGCGUAAACAGCGCGUUGGGGCGCGGCAGCACGGCGGCAUGCACGGCCUGCGAGUCUGGCGAGAAUGCAACGCAACGCUCAACGCCCGGGUGUGUCGUGAGAAGAUCCUGCGCCCUGGAUGCCGCAGCAUGCGCUGCGCGCGAAAGGCGCCGGAGCAGCGGCUGGGCCUUGUUCGGAGAUGGCAAUCGGGACACAACCAUCGCGGGCGCGCCCGGACGGCCGGAACGUACGCACAAGCGCGAAAAUGAGAUGCCCCAGCUCCCAGCGGCUACCCAACGCGGCCAAAGGAUAUCCACCUCGAGAACCUCGAGAACCAGCGACUGUGAGAGAGAGAAAAGAAUUUUGAGCCGGCACUCCUCACGUCCGCCUCGUUUGCUGGAUCCUUUGCUUCUGCCUCCUCCCCUCUUUCAUGGGCGCGCUCUGCUCCUGCUGCUGCGGCACGCGCGACGUUGUGCCUGACGCGCCCGACGUCAUCAUUCCCGAUCCGGAGGAGGACGAGCAGAUCGUCGUCACGAUCGAUCAGGCUGCGAUCGCGAGCCGCGACUACCUCGCGUACCGCGGGCUCGGCACGGAGGACCGGAACGAGCGCUGGUUCUUCCUCAACAAGUCGGGCUCCAAGUGGGGCGGCAACGUCCAGAUGGAGGUCGAGAACUUUGUUCGCGGCCUCGACCCGAACGACGAGAACAAGGGGCAGGUGCUGUGGCGGUCCGACUUCAUCGACCAGCCCUUCUUCCAGCAGCAGCUCCGCGACGUCGGCGGCAGCAUGCUCCAGUUCGCCUUCACCGGCUUCAUCGACUCGAUGUUUGACCGGCCGCACUACGACGACGGCUACUACAUCUCGCACGGCGGCGGCUGGGACCGCGACUACCGCACCUCCCUCUUCCUCAACUGGAACAUGCGGACCGAGGCGUCGCUCUCCUCGACGGUGCGCAAGGGGUUCGGUUUCCCGGUCAAGCUGGUGGUGUACGCGCAGGGCACCGGUGUCGCGCGCUACUUCGAGGUGGAGGAGCCGAUCUACGAGGAGCGCGGCGAGGGCGAGAACCGGCAGCGGGUGCAGGUGGGCACGCGCCGCCGCUGGGAGAGGCACGAGCGCGAGUACGUCGACUUCGUCCAGUUCGCCGUGUGCGACCUGGCGUCGGGGCAGCCGGUGGUCGACCAGUUUGGGGCAGCCGUCGUGUUCACUGUGCACGGCGACUCGACCGACUGGACCAACAACUACGGCACCAAGUUCUUCGACGUGCAGCAGCGCGGCGGCUGGUUCACGAAGGACCCUCCGACCAUCACGACCAAGGCGGGCGUCGACCCGGCGCUGGCGCUGCUCAUCGCGCACCUCUGCACCAAGGAGUUCUCGACCGCCCAGAUCAAGUCCAACUUCCACCCGCGCUUCCCGUACGACCCGCUCAGUGCCGUGUUCGGCUUCUUCUGAGCGCGCGCGAGUGCGAGUGUUCGCUCACUGGCUCACGCACUGAAUCGAUUGUUCAAUACCGUAUCGGCCGCCCCCAUUCGCCUCCGGCUGUUAGUGCGACCCGCGUACUGUACGGACUCCUUUCUCCCUACCCAUUUGCAUGCAGCAGCGCCACACGUACGUUCAACGUUGCGCUUCACGAGAGAGUGCGCUAGUUUGUCGGGAGGUGGAGGGGCAGGCUGCUCACCCACGUGCACCGGGCCAGUGCUUGCACUUUGAAUGCCGUGGGGCUCCUGCCCGUGUCCGGGUGUGAAGAUGCGAGGGUCGCCCCCCCUUGCCCUACCAUUUUGUGUGUAACUUCGAUCGUUUCGUGUCUCUGCCGGUGCCGCGCCGCGCGCGCAAAAGAGUCUCGCGUCGAGUGCGGAGUGGCUCUGCGUGUGCGCGCGUCUGUGGCGUGAUAAGCCGUGCGGUAGCAAGCGAGGACGUGCCUUGUUUAACCCCGCCGGCGGAUCUGGCCGGACGCCCCGCCUUUAGUUUAUGAGUACGGCUCUACU